UCCAGCUGAUCUGAACAACAGGAGGACCUGAGUCUCCCUCAGCAGUCCGACCUGUCUGUGCUUUUUUCGGGCACCUUAGCAAAGCCCGCCGGUCCCGACCUCCGGCGGCUCCUUUGCGCCGCGAAGAGACAGUCGUUCCGGGGUAAAUCAGGAGGAGAGCCAGGGGCUUAUUCUCGUCCGAUAGCCGUGAGCCGGUGCCGUCGGAAGCUGUUAGCUCGGACUGUCAUGAUCCCAGCUCGGAGAUGGCGUCCUUCCCCGGUUUGUGUAAGGCUGUCGGGCCCGCGGAGGAGGAGAACGGGGAGCUGGACGGAUCCCUGCAGCAGAUGCUGAAGGCCAUCGCGGACGAGAGGAGCCGCCUGAACAGCCGACAGGAGAUCAGCGGCAUCGGCUGUUUUAAAGAUGACCGCAUCGUUUUCUGGACCUGGAUGUUUUCCACGUACUUUAUGGAGAAGUGGGCGCAGCGACAGGACGACAUGCUGUUCUACGUCCGCCGGAAGCUCUCCUACGUCAGCGCCGACAACAGCGAGGGCAAGAAGGUGGAGGUGGAGGUCUACAGGAGGGACUCCAAGAAGCUUCCGGGCCUUGGCGACCCCGACAUCGACUGGGAGGAGAGCGUCUACCUGAACCUCAUCCUUCAGAAGCUGGACUAUGUGGUGACGUGCGCUGUCUGCACGCGCUCAGACGCAGGAGAUAUCCACAUCCACAAGAAGAAAUGUCAGGAAGUGUUCGCAUCUCCGAGUAAACAUGCUAUGGACAGCAAAGGGGAGGAGUCCAAGAUGAGCUACCCCAACAUCUUCUUCAUGAUCGACAACUUUGAGGAGGUGUUCAGUGACAUGACGGUGGGUGAGGGUGAGAUGGUGUGCGUGGAGCUGGUGGCAAGCGACAAGAGCAACACCUUCCAGGGCGUCAUCUUCCAGGGCUCGAUCCGCUACGAGGCGCUCAAGAAGGUCUACGACAACCGGGUUAGAGACCAGAGCGUGAGCGUUGCUGCUAAGAUGGCCCAGCGGAUGUCUUUCGGCUUCUACAAGUACAACAACAUGGAGUUUGUGAGGAUGAAGGGGCCGCAGGGCAAAGGUCACGCCGAGAUGGCCGUCAGCAGGGUGCCAACCGGCAACACCUCCCCCUGCGGCACCGAGGAGGACCAGGUGUCACCCAUGCACGAGAGGGUGACAUCGUUCAGCACACCUCCAACCCCGGAGAAGAACCGCCCCUCCUUCUUCUCGCCGUCUCUGAGGCGCAAGAUGCCUCGAAACCGGAUCGCCGAGAUGAAGAAGUCUCACUCUGCCAAUGACAGCGAGGAGUUCUUCAGGGAGGAGGAAGAUGAAGAUCUUCACACCACCACAAACCUCCGCUCGCGCUCGCUGUCGGGCACCGGGCGCUCAUUGGUCGGCUCGUGGCUCAAACUGAACCGGGCAGAGGAUUAUUUCCUGCUGUACUCACACCUGACCUACGUCACCCUGCCACUGCACCGCAUCACCACAGACAUCCUGGAGGUGAGGCAGAAGCCGAUCCUGAUGACAUAGCAUAGCUGGACUCAAAGCAUCACUACGAAGUGCCUCCUGCAUCAGGCCGCCGAGACAACAGCAGCGCCCCCGGUGUUCUGACCGAGACCCGCAACCAAACAGCCGCUUCAACCGGAGACGCAGAAACGGCGUCAGAGGGACGACGAACAAACCAGCCAUCCGAGAAGUGCCUCCGACUCUUUCGGUUCCUGCGGCCAUCUCCACGGAAAUGGGCCCGGAGUCAGGAUCACAUGACCUCUGCGUGAACUGACCGGAAAUGAGAGCGAAGAAUGUUUUUGUCUGUAAAUACCUGCUGCUUUUCUCACAGACGCCUUGACUAAAGGUCGAGCUUUUAGAGACCGCCUCCUACUUCCUGUUCAGCUCGCUGUGGACUUCUUGUUUAAACUCCACCACAGGUGAAAUUCUGGGUCACAGUGAUUGUGUGAGAGGAAACGGCGGGGUCAAAUCCACCUGACUCAUACAGGAAGUGGUCACUUCACUUCAGAAUAAAACACCAACCUGUACAAUUGCAGCUUCACUAUCAGAAUAUUUUCACUUCUCUGAGUUCACAGUUUAAACCAUGUGAUAUGUGUCACAUGACACAGGCAGUUAAGGAUUCUGUCGUAAUUAUUUUACAGGAUUAUAACUAAAGACAAAAAUUUUAAAAAUAAUUCUAAGAAUUAUAAUUUUUUCAACAAAGACAUGACCCACAUUUUCACAACACUUAUUCAAGUUUUUCCCCUGUUUUUGUAGAGAAAACAUAAAAUAGUUCAUAUUUAUUCAUAUUUGUUGUUGAAUUUUUAUUAUCAGACAUCAAAGAUUUUACAGGAAAAGGUAUUAUGAAAAUAAUUUUUGUUCAUUAUGUUGAAAGUUUUCCCUUCUGAAAGAAAAUGCAUCUAAAGAAUAAUUACAUUUUCAGCUUAAGAUUUCUCUCAAAAUGACUCAGACCUCAGUCAUUCACUAAGAUCAGCAAACAGUAAAACGAGUCCUCAUUCAGACACUAAAACCUAAAACUCUUUAUUUAAACACUACUCGCUUCAUGUUGGAUUUUUUGAGUAAAUGUGUUCUAAUGAACCAAAAAUACAGAAAAUAAAUACAGUUCUGAUGCUGAAGACCCAACUUCAUCUUGUGCGUUGUUAAUUUCUUUGUAUAUAAUGAAUUUUAUAAGUUUAAGAUGUGAAACUAUAAAUGUAAGUUAUUAUAUCUGCAUUUUUCACAAAUUUGUACUUUUGUCUUACCUUACAGUGUGAAACACUUGGAGGCGACUUUUGUUGUGAUUAUAUGAAUAAAACUGAAUUUACAGAAAAUUUUCAACUAACAAAACGAGAAUCUAUUAAAGUCAUUUUGAGAGAAAUCUUGAAUUAUUUUAACUGGUGCAACAUCAUAAACACUAACGUUGAAUAAUCCUGAUGAAGAAAUUCUCUUAUAUUUUAUUCCAACACUCCAGAGUAUUCACUAAAUAUUUUUAACUUUUAA